AAAAAUGGAGUCAUUAAUAAAAUUUAUCAUUUCUUUGAUAUCCUUCGUCGGAAUAUCUUUCGAAUAUGAGCAGAACUUAGCCUUAGAAAAGCAUGCUAUCAUGAGCUCACGCGCACAUUUUUGGAGUAAACCGGAACUAGCAAACGAUGGUGACGUCAGCCAGGACGAAGUGAAAUGUACACAGACUUUAACGAACGCAACUCAAGCGUGGUGGCAGGUGGAUCUGUCGGAGACGAGCAUCUUGUACAUACACAUCACCUAUGCUAAAAAUAGUGCUGACACAAUGGCAGGAUUUUCUGUAUAUAUUUCUAAUGACGAAAUUAAUUUUCGUAACGGACAUCUUUGUUAUAAUCACAACGCCUCUACUCUUCCGGAACUGUAUAUGGAGAUAAACUGCAAAGUUCAUGGAAGAUUUCUUACGUUCUACAAUGAACGACUUCCAGGUGUUAAAUACCCGAAUGGUUAUUCCCCAACUGCAGUGAUUCAACUAUGUGAAAUCACUGUUACAGGUUGUGAAAAAGGCAGAGGAGGUUUUGUGUGCACUCCUUGUUCUCAGAAAUGUCGCGAAGGAAUCUGUCAUAUAAUAAGUGCAAAAUGUAUCGAGUGUUAUGACGGGUACUACGGGGCAGACUGUGACAAAGUAUGUAGUAACUACACAUAUGGAUACAACUGUACGGAGCGAUGUGGGAAGUGUGCAAAUAACGUCAUAUGUGACCAUGUGAACGGAACAUGUGCGGAAGGAUGUCUUCCCGGAUGGACAGAACCAUUUUGUAAUUCGUCUUGCCCAUCGGGCUUUUACGGACACAAGUGUGCGACAGCCUGUAGCAGUGGUUGUAGGAAAUCAGGACAGUGUGAUCCUAUUGAUGGACGAUGUAUCGGCGGCUGCAUGGCCGGGUGGAAAGGGAAACAAUGUACCGAAAGUACAGACCGGUCCAGCCUUGUUGAAGAGGACACAAAUACUGCAGCGAUAGCUAUCGGUGUAAUCGUCGGAGUCAUCGUCAUUAUCAUCGCUGUUAUCGUCAUUAUCAUUUUCAUCAGAUUCAUUCAACGGUCAGAUUCACGCAUAAUUGCAAGAGAGAAGAAAUAAGAACAACAGAAUCAUUUUUUCUUCUAUGAGUUUGAAUUCGUUCAGAAAAUUUAAAAUGAGAAAAAAAAUAAUAUACACAUAUUCAUUGUUUGAGAGAGAGAGAGAGAGAGAGAUUUAAUGAUGGCUCAAUCAAAGAGACUUUAUUCUAUCAUUCUAGCUCACACAAUCUUCAAAUUUAAAUUUUAUAGUACUGGAAGAAGUUUAUUUCAUUUUUUAUUUAAAUUUAUUUUUCCCUAUAUAUCUUUACA